AGCUGCCACAUUACUUUCACCGCACCGCCGCCGCUGCUGCUCCUCGCUCCGCCUCCGUGACAUUGACCACGAGUGUCCCAUCCAUCACCGCCGCUGCAUCACGAGUUGCCCGUGUGUGCCGACGUCGUGUGCAAGUCCGACACGACACGACGACACGACACCCCCGAAGAUCCACUCGGAAUCGCCCCGCGCCGCGCUCAACAUCUCCUCUUCCAAUCGCCAAUCGCGCUCGGACGAACCACGCCCGCGCGCUAUCCACUGCUCAUUCAGAACCCAACAACCAUCACCAUAUCGCAGCUCUGAUAAUCCUCGCCCUGUGCAAUCGACUGAGCUGGGCGCUUCCGAAUCGAACAUCUUGAUCGGGUCUGCACGUGGCGACUUUGCCUGGACCGAACGGGCAGGGAAAACACACCGAGUCCCAGCCACAAACAACACGAGAGCUCGUUUUUUGGUGUUGCAGCACACAGACGGGACGGCUCUCGAUACUCGACGAUUCGCGGACCGACCUGUGCGCAGUCAGAGCUACUGUCGUGCGACGGAGUAAAAAUCUACGAUAGGAGCAAGAGUCAGCGGCAACUGCUGAAUCAGAAGGGGGAACAAUGGCAGCUCAAGCAACGCAGUCACUGAAGUGCGUGGUGACGGGAGAUGGAGCAGUCGGCAAGACAUGUCUGCUGAUAUCCUACACCACGAAUGCCUUUCCAGGCGAAUAUAUCCCCACAGUCUUCGAUAAUUACUCUGCAAGCGUCAUGGUCGACAACAAGCCCAUAAGUCUGGGGCUCUGGGAUACUGCUGGACAAGAAGACUACGACCGACUGCGCCCUCUCUCAUACCCUCAGACUGACGUAUUUCUCAUUUGCUUUUCGAUCGUUAGCCCUUCCUCGUUCGACAACGUCAAGGCCAAAUGGUAUCCUGAAAUCGAGCAUCACUCACCUGGUACCCCCAUUAUCCUCGUAGGCACCAAGCUUGACUUGCGAGACGACCCCGAAGUGCGCGAGCAAUUGCGACAAAGGAAGAUGGCACCGAUCCAGUACGAGCAGGCAGUGCAAGUCGCCAAGGACAUCAAAGCUGUGAAGUAUCUCGAAUGCUCCGCUCUCACGCAGAGAAAUCUCAAGAGCGUGUUCGAUGAAGCCAUCAAAGCCGUUAUCAGCCCUAGGCAACAAAAGCCCACCAAGAAGCCCAAGUGCACCAUUUUGUGAGGCACGACUUCCGACCCCGAUUGGCUUGCCGCCGCCGCCGCCGAGCAAGUCAGCAAGUGAGCGUAAUCAGACUUCGCAACACGCUCCUUUUCGCAAUGACCACCUGCUAGGUCACCAAAUUCGACUUCCACCAUGUUUCCUCCCUUUCGAAAAUCGACCGUCGAAAUCAGCAGGCAGAACGAAAGUUAGCGAUUGAGAAUAGACCGUGCAGUUCGCGAGAUCUGUACCAGCUGCAAUUCAUGCACCGGUGUUCAUGAGGCGUUUCUCCGGUUCAUAUGUUGUGCGUGUAUGUGAAGACUUUUGAAUGGUUCACCGGAUGUGAGGGAGAGAAAUGGAUAGCAGAAGCACGAUACCCUCCACAUUCUGCAACAAUGGACCAGACGACAGUGUCUGGAGGUCAUCACAGCUCUCUCAGGCCGUCACCUCGGCCGGCUCAAGCUGUGAGCCGUCAGUUGCGAAACGCCGAACUGACGGCUGGCUGUAGAUAGUGAAAUCGUUCUGAAUCUGGUCGAUGUCCG